AUGCCGUUGUCACCGUCGCCUUUGCCGCCGUUGCACUCUCCAAUCCUACUUCCUGGCUUCUUUAUGGUUUUGAUGACGGUCUCCAUGCUUCUUCUCAUUGUGCUAUUUUUAUUCAUUGCCAUCUUAUGUACAAAACGAUCAGCCAAAUAUGACGGGGAAGAGUCGUCGGAUAAUUUGGACAUUGAAGCACCGAUUUUUCAUUACAGCGGAGUUGAAAGCGGCGAACAAGAAUGUGCGAUUUGCCUUUGUGAAAUUGAGGAAGGAGAGAAGUGUAGAAAGAUGAAGACGUGUGGUCAUGUGUUUCACAAAGACUGCAUUGACCGGUGGUUUAAGGUGAAUGGCCAUUGUCCAAUUUGUCGGACCUCCGUUUGUAUGGUAGUCAUUGAUCGCGGUGGAAAUGCCAUGGCUUCUUCUUCAUCUUUACCGACCCCCUUCAUCAACCGAAUUUAA